GGAGCAUUCUUAUUCCUCUCUCUCCAUGUCUAUCUAUAAAUACGACCUUACGUUAAAAUGCUCUCUUUUUCCUUCUUCCCCCUUUUUUUUCUCUGCUUUGUCUUCUCCACGACUACCAACCCGUUCUCGGUAUUCUCCCGGCCGGCUUUUGACCGUCCACCUCCGACCACCGGAAAUUUUUAUUUACCGACAUUUAAUAUCUUCCAGAUUAUUCGUUAGGUGGAAAAUUUGAGUAUCAUGGAUGCCCCUAAAGAGUCUGGACUUCGUAAUGUUAGCUCAGUUUGCUCCAUUCCAGAAAUGGAUGAUUUUGAUCUCACAAAGCUUCUUGAUAGACCAAGACUCACCAUCAAAAGAGAGAGAUCAUUUGAUGAAAGGUCACUUAGUGAGAUGUCUUUAUCAAGAGGCCUUGAGAAUUUGGAUGUUGCAUAUUCGCCAGGUGGACGCUCAGGAUUUGAUACACCUGCUUCAUCCACACGAAACUCUUUUGAACCCCAUCCAAUGAUUGCUGAAGCCUGGGAUUCUCUUCGUAGAUCAUUGGUACAUUUCAGGGGACAACCAGUUGGCACAAUUGCUGCAUAUGAUCAUGCAUCUGAAGAAGUUCUAAACUAUGAUCAGGUGUUUGUAAGGGAUUUUGUACCUAGUGCACUGGCGUUUCUAAUGAAUGGAGAGCCUGAUAUAGUGAAGAAUUUUCUGUUGAAGACACUUCAGCUUCAAGGGUGGGAAAAAAGAAUUGAUAGAUUCAAACUCGGGGAAGGGGCAAUGCCUGCUAGUUUUAAAGUUCUUCAUGAUCCAGAAAGAAAAACAGAUACAAUUGUUGCAGAUUUUGGUGAGAGUGCUAUUGGAAGAGUUGCACCUGUUGAUUCUGGAUUCUGGUGGAUUAUAUUGCUUCGUGCAUAUACAAAGUCUACUGGAGAUUUAACCCUAGCUGAAACUCCAGAUUGCCAAAAGGGAAUGAGGCUUAUAUUAACUUUGUGUUUAUCAGAAGGUUUUGAUACGUUUCCAACUUUGCUCUGUGCAGAUGGGUGCUCAAUGAUUGAUAGAAGGAUGGGGAUUUAUGGUUAUCCUAUAGAAAUACAAGCUCUUUUCUUUAUGGCAUUGAGAUGUUCAUUGGCAAUGCUGAAACUUGACUCAGAGGGAAAGGAAUUUGUGGAAAGAAUAAUGAAGAGGCUGCAUGCAUUGAGCUUUCACAUGAGAAGUUAUUUCUGGAUUGACUUUCAACAACUGAAUGAUAUCUAUCGCUAUAAAACAGAGGAGUAUUCUCACACUGCUGUAAAUAAGUUUAAUGUUAUUCCUGAUUCAAUCCCAGAUUGGGUAUUUGAUUUUAUGCCAACACGUGGUGGUUACUUUGUUGGUAAUGUGAGUCCAGCAAGGAUGGAUUUUAGGUGGUUUGCUUUAGGCAACUGUGUUGCUAUUUUAUCUUCUCUUGCUACCCCUGAACAAGCUUCUGCAAUUAUGGAUCUUUUUGAAGCACGUUGGGAGGAGCUUGUAGGAGAAAUGCCUAUAAAGAUUUGUUAUCCUGCAAUUGAAAGUCAUGAAUGGAGAAUUGUAACUGGUUGUGAUCCUAAGAACACUAGAUGGAGUUACCACAAUGGAGGAUCUUGGCCAGUGCUUCUGUGGUUGCUAACGGCGGCAUGCAUCAAAACGGGGAGGCCACAGAUAGCAAGAAAGGCGAUUGAACUGGCGGAGAGCCGCCUGCUGAAGGACGGGUGGCCGGAAUACUAUGACGGAAAAAAUGGAAGAUACAUCGGGAAGCAGGCGAGGAAGUAUCAGACAUGGUCAAUUGCUGGAUAUUUGGUAGCAAAGAUGAUGUUGGAAGAUCCAUCACAUUUGGGGAUGAUUUCUCUUGAAGAUGAUAGACAGUUGAAACCCAUCAUUAAGAGAUCUUCUUCAUGGACUUGCUGAAAAAGGUAAAAAAAAAAGGUGAGAUGAGUAAUCUCCGAUUAUUAUAAAAAAAGAAAGUUGCUUGAAUUCUUCUUCUGAGUUGUGUCUUGUUUAGGUGAAUUUGAGUGUUUUGUUAUGUGUACAUUACCCAUUUGACAUGUCUUGUCUUAUUGCUUCUUAUAAUAAAAAAACAUGACAAUGUGAUGGUGCUCUUAUUAUUUAUCUUCAAAUUUGCAAAGGUGUUAUGAGAUUUCUAUU